UGGAGAGGGCGCACCGCGGCGGCGCGCGCGCCAGUCCGGCCGCGGCGGCUCCGCAGCGCGCCCGCAUGCCUCGCCGAGUCCGAGCGCCCGCGCGACGCGCCCUCUCUCCGAUGUGGAUACAGUGCUUUUGUCGUCCGCACCACCUCACUCACUUUAAGCGGACUACCUGAUAUUUGUCGUACAAUUGAGCCCAUAUCCAUAUUAGUGCAGUGCCGACCGAGAGCCAAACUUGUUCGUGGUCUCCCAGCAAUUUCAGUCAGUUUGUGGCAAAGCUACUCACUAGAUAGCUUAUGUAGCUGACAGUGCCGUCCAGCGAGGAUUACUCGAGGAGCAAGCAGAGCUCUCGAGCUCCAUGAGCUCGUUGGUCUGCCACCGCCACAUUAAGUAAAAGUACCAGCGUCGGCAGUCUACUGUCGACUUAUAUGUGCGGCUCCCCGCGCGCCCGCCGCCCGCCCGCCGCCCGCCGCCCGCCACGCUCAUGCCACGCCACAGGUGGUGGGUAGCAGUGACGUGCGGCGUGCUCGCUGCGUGCGCGCUGCUGCCGCUCGCCGCAGGUGAGGGCGACGAGGCGGACAGCGUGGUGACGGUGAUGGCGGUGACGCUGGACGGGUCGGGCGAGGCGGCGCGCGCGCUCGCGGCGCUGGCGGUGGCGGCGCUGGCGGCGCGCGGCGUGCGCGUGGCCGUGCCCGCGCCCGACGCGUGCGGCCCGGCGGGCGCGGGCGCGGCGGCGCAGGCGUGCCGCUACGCCGUGCUGCGCUCGCUGGUGGUGGCGGGCACGCGCGUGGCGCUGCUGCCGGCGCCGGCCGCGCGCCCGCCGCACCCGCUCAAGCUGCGCGACGCGGGCCUGAUGGACCUCGGCGACGCCGUGCCUCCCUCGCGCCUCGCCUGCCACGCCUCGCCGGCCGCCUCGCCUGCUGCCUCCGGCUCGCCGCGCUCUCUGCUCGAUUUCACAGAUGAGUCGGUAGCGCGGUCAUACUACUUGGCAUCGGAAGACCUCGAUUCUGAGCUUCGGGUGACGGACGACGCAGACUGGUCUGCCUGCUCGGCAUCCAAUUGUUCGAGCGCGGAGCUGGAGCCCGAGUGGUGCUCGCAGGGCAGAGCGUGCGCCACGCUGCUGACGGACGCGGCGAGCUCGGCGCGCGAGCUGGCGGGCGCGGCGCGGGCGGCGCGGCUGCGCGUGCGCGUGCGGCGCGUGGGCGCGCGGCUGGCGGCGCUGGCGGCGCGGCUGCGGCGCCCGCUGCUACUGUGCUCGCGCGACCUGCCGCGCAAAGCGCUGCCGCCGCGCUACGCCGCGCUCGCCCCGCCGCCUUGUGAUACGUUUCAAGAAAUUUGUGCAUUUGAUCCCUUCCGACUUUUAAAAAUAGUGAACGAACGCGAAUUACACUUACCCAGCGCCAUUAGCGUUCUGGGUCGGCUGCAGCUUAACGAAACGGAGUUGCAAGAUUUCAUUGAGCAAUAUCGCACCGCACCAGAGGCGGCCGCGGCCGCGGUGCUGGCGCGGCACAGUCACUGGGUCGGCCCGCCAAGGGAGGCUCGCACCGCCGUCAUGAUCCCCACGGGCACACAUCGGGAGUCGUUCGACGCCAGCGCGCUCCGGGCGGCGGCUCAGCUCGCAGAAGAGGACUCGAACGCCACGGAAACUGUCAGUUUUAAAGUGGAAUUACUGUACGACCGGUGCGCGUCUACAUUGGCAUUCAAGUACCUGACGGACGCUCUGGGCGCGGAGUUCGGCGCUCUGUCGGCCAUCGCGGGCCCGGCGUGCGGCGCCGCCUUCGCCGACGUGGCGCGCCAGAGCCCCACGCUGUCCAUGCCGGUGCUGGGCUACACGCCGCAAGCGCCGCCGCCGGCGCCCGCCGCGCCCUUCGCGCUGCUGGCGGCCGGCGACGCGCGCCAGCACACUGCCGCGUGGGCCGCGCUGGCCGCGCACAUGGGCUGGCGCCGCCUGGCCGUGCUCAGCGAGCUGGCCACGCGCGCCGCGCUCGACGUGGCCGACCUGGCUGCCGACGUCAUUCUGCACGUCGAGCUGCCGGCCGACAGCGACGAUGUCGACCUUGACAAGAUCUCUCAGUGGGCAGCGCGUGCAGCGGCGGCGCGCGCGCGCGUGCUGUUCGUGUGCGUGGAGGACGCGCGCGUGGUGCGCGCCGCGCUGUGCGCCGGCCGCGCCGCCGGCCUGCUGCCGCGCGCCGGCGCCGUGUGGCUGCUGCCCGGCGCUUUGCCGCCCUCCUGGCUGCGGCCCGGCGACGCGGACGCGCACAACUGCUCGGCCGCGCAGCUGCGAGGCGGCGGCCGCGCACCUGCGCCUGGCGCCGGCCUGGCAGGCGGACUGGGACGCGGCGCUGGCGGCGGGCGCGGUGCACGCGCGGCGCUUCGCCGAGCGCCUGAGCGUGCACAGCGCGCGCGCCGGCGCCGGCCCGCUGGCGCGCCCGCCCGCGCACGCCGCGCUGCUGUACGACGCGCUGGCCAUGUGGCACGCCGCGCUGGCGCGCCGCCUGGCCGCGCAGCCCGCCGCGCUCGACGACCUGCACCACCGGGGGAUCGCAAGGUACCGAGGCCCUACGUACUUCCUAUUUGUAAAAUCAUGUCCAGGCGACCAUUUUGUAAAGUAAGAAUCUUACAAAGUGGCAUAGCGUUGAUAGAAGACGUGACCAAAAACGAGUUCAGCGGGCUGACGGGCAAGUUCGAGUGGAGCGGCGCGGCACGCGUGGACGACCUCGUGCUGCUGCAGGGCGACGGCGACGCGGCGCAACGCGUCGGGCGCUGGCGGCGCGGCACGGGGCUGGCGCUGGGGCCGGCGGCGCUGCGCUGGCUGACGCCCGACGGCAGCGCGCCCGACGACGGCACGGAGCGCUGCGCACUGCAGGCGCUGGCCGACGCGCUGGGCGCCGACUGCCGCACGGCCUUCGUGGCGCUGGGCGCGCUGCUGCUGUGCCUGCUGGUGGCGGCGCUGGCGGCCGCCGCCUGGCACUGCAAGCGUCGUGCUGAGCGCAAGUACCGCCGCCGCUUGGCCGCGCUCGGCCUCACUCGCCUCGACCCGAAGCCUGGCGGCCUAGACCGCUGGGAGAUCCCGCGAGAACGCGUCGUCAUUAAUCGGAAACUCGGCACCGGUGCUUUUGGCACUGUCUACGGAGGUCACGCUCUGCUAGCGGAGGACCGCGGGUGGUCAGCGGUGGCUGUUAAGACGCUGAAGGCGGGUGCAUCCACUGAGGAAAAGUUGGACUUCCUGUCUGAGGCCGAGGCCAUGAAGCGGUUCGAUCACAAAAACGUGGUACGGCUGCUGGGAGUAGUGACGAAGACGGAGCCGGUGUGCACGGUGAUGGAGUUCAUGCUGUACGGCGACCUGAAGAACUACCUGCUGGCGCGGCGCCACCUGGCGGCGGGCGGCGGCGCCGAGGUGUCGGCGGCGCGGCUGACGGCCAUGGCGCUGGACGCGGCGCGGGCGCUGUCGUACCUGGCGCAGCUGCGCUACGUGCACCGCGACGUGGCGGCGCGCAACUGCCUGGUGAGCGCGCACCGCGUCGUCAAGCUGGCCGACUUCGGCAUGACGCGCCUGGUGUUCGAGAACGACUACUACCGCUUCAGCCGCAAGGGCAUGCUGCCGGUGCGCUGGAUGGCGCCCGAGAGCCUGGCGCUGGGCGUCUUCUCGCCCGCCUCCGACGUCUGGUCCUUCGGAGUGCUGCUGUAUGAGAUCGUCACCUUCGGCUCACUGCCAUUCCAAGGAUUGAGCAACGCGGAGGUGCUCGCCCGCGUCAAAGCCGGCCACACGCUGGAGCUGCCUGCAGGCUUGAAGCCACAGCUAGAGGGGCUCAUCAAGUCAUGCUGGCAGCAGGAGCACAAGGCGCGGCCGAGUGCGGCCGAGGUGGCGGCCUUCCUGGCCGAAUCGCCGCGCCUGCUGGCGCCCUGCCUCGACGUGCCCCUGGACGCGCUGCCGCUCGACCUGGACUGCGGCCUCGACCCGUGGCGCGAGUCGCGCGACCGCGCCGAGGCGCGGUGGGUGUCGUGGGCGGCGCCGGCGUCGGCCGCCACCGACACCACGUACCUGAGCGCCGACGCGCCGCCGCCGCAGGACACCGACGCCUUCCUGCCGUGACGUCGCACCUCUCCUCCGGCAUCUACCAGGCUUGCGUCUUCUCACAUUUUUAUCGCGAAUCAUUCCAACAAUUUUCUAGUCAAAAUGCAGGUAUAAAUUGUUAAUAGGCUAUUGUAAUUAAUUUUAAUUAUUAAUAUUGAAAUAAGUACCUUAUGUUGCAAUUAUAAAAAAAGAUUUGAAAAA